GCGCUCAACCGGUGUUUUCAAACAAUGCUUUCUUAUAGGAAGAUGUCUUCUUAUUUUGGUCGAAAAAUCGGAUUUUUUACGCACGAUCGGCGGUGAUUCUUGCGGAAGAUGAGCGCGGACAUUGAAGGACAUAUCACAGAGAAAUAUGAGAUUAAAAAACGCUUGGGAAAGGGGGCUUAUGGAAUCGUGUGGAAAGCGGUUGAUAGGAAAACGGGCGAAGUUGUCGCCGUAAAGAAAAUAUUUGACGCGUUUAGGAAUCAAACCGAUGCUCAGCGGACGUUCAGAGAAGUCUAUUUCCUCCAGGAAUUCGGCGAUCAUGAAAAUAUAAUAAAGUUGUUAAACGUUAUCAAAGCCAGUAAUGACAAAGAUAUUUAUUUAGUAUUUGAGUAUAUGGAUACUGACCUUCAUAAUGUGAUAAAAAAAGGGAACAUUUUAAAAGAUAUUCACAAGCGAUAUGUUAUGUACCAACUGUGUAAAGCAACUCACUACUUACACUCUGGAAACGUUAUUCAUAGGGAUCAAAAGCCAAGCAAUGUUCUUUUGGACACAGAAUGUUUUUUAAAGAUAUGUGAUUUUGGAUUAGCUCGCUCGUUAAGCAGCGUUGCGCUGGAAGCAGGCGACCCAAGCCUGACAGACUAUGUUGCUACCAGAUGGUAUAGAGCUCCUGAGAUCUUGCUUGCAUCACCAAAAUACACAAAGGGUGUUGACAUGUGGUCUCUGGGUUGUAUUCUUGGUGAAAUUUUAUUAGGAAAACCGCUGUUUCCAGGAACAUCAACGUUGAAUCAAAUUGAAAGAAUCAUGGCUGUUAUUCCACAACCCAGCAGACAAGAUAUUGAGAGUAUCCAGUCGUCGUAUGGUUCCUCUGUCAUUGAGCGCAUGCUCAAUAAGCCACGGAAAAGCCUCGAGGAUAUUCUACCAACAGCACCUGUGGAUGGGCUCGAUUUGCUGAGAAGACUCUUGCAGUUCAAUCCUGACAAACGACCAACGGCCGAGGAAGUAUUACGUCAUCCCUAUGUUUCGAGGUUUCAUAAUUCCGACGACGAACCGACGUUGGAUCACGAGGUCCACCCACCACUGAGCGAUGACCAGCAGUUGAGUGUUGAUGAGUAUCGCAAAAAACUCUACGAGGACAUCCUGGAGAAGAAAUCUCAAAUUCGAAAACAACGUCUUGAAGCUGAACAAAAACAAACUGUUGAGAACGGCGAGAAAUCCUCACCGGAAGAAGCUCGCGUUAAGUCAGACGAGGUUCCAACUUCCUUAAGGCCUGGCAGCAAAUACGUUAACGGCAGUGUACAGAAAGUGUGGGGGAAAGAAGCCCCCGGGGCAGCAUAUACCCCUUCGCCUCAGAAGGCCGGGGUCGGCAGAGCGACCAAAUCACAACCCGCAAGCCAUGAAAAACAACCACGAGCGAGUUCUGUGAAGGUUUUCAGUAGAAGACCUCCAGUUGAAGACGAAAAGGUAUUUCCGGGCGCUGCACGCGCAAUUCCGAACAGGAGCCGACCAAUCUCGGCGCAAGUUAAGCAUCCAACCAUCACGCGAGGGACAACACAGCCCCAUGGGGCGGGUGGGCAACAAGCAGUGGGCCUCAGUGUGACCAGUGCGAGAGUGGUACCUGCCCAACGGCCUGUAUCCACAAAAGUCGCGUACAGACCUGCGCGACGACAGUUGAGCAAUCCAGCGGUUGGCAAGGAAAGCAUCAAGAACUUCACGCAAGAUCAUGGUACAAUUGAUAAGAGCGCAUUGGACAACCUCAAGAGAUGGUAGCAUACCAACGGCCGAUGUGCUGUCUCGUACCUUCUGAUUGGAUAUCAUGGUGGUAUUGAUUUCAUCUGAUUGGCUGAUGUAUGGUCAUUCUAUCAUAUGUUUGGCUGAAAUGUUGUGGUGUGUUGGUUGAAUUUUAACGGCGUUCGCUGGACGAAUCGCUUACUUUAAAAAAAUUCCAACGACAAGACUUGAAUUUGAAAAUAUUUGCAACUCUGAAAUAGGAGUUUUCUACAACACAAUAAUUAACAGCAGAUAUCCACACGAAUUAAAUCGACGAAGACGAAUUUUAAACGACAGAACAUUGAUGAACGUCACUUCGAAAGGAUAGACAAUUACCUCAAAGUCUAACUCUAUUUAAAACAGAUACGACACUUUGCGUUUGGCGCGCAGGGCAGCUAGACAUUCGUACGCAUACGAGCAUCUGGGGGAAUAUUUCGUGAUAUCAGAACGAACUAUUAUUAUUAUUUGAAUAUUAUUUAAUUAUUAAUAUUGCAAGGAUUAAUAUAGAAUAAUAGUUUAUGAUGAGAUAAACUGUACGAAUAUUUGGUGAAAAUA